UCUCUGGCUUUAGGCCGCUCCCAAGCCCAGAGCUGCUCUGCGCAAGCGCGACCGACCGAGCAGCUCCGAGGAGUCCGCCCGGAAACAAACAUUCCCCAGGGCAAUGUCACGACUUGGUCUUCCCCAGGAGCCAGUCAGAAACAGUUUGCUAGAUGAUGCUAAGGCCCGCUUAAGAAAGUAUGAUAUUGGAGGCAAAUAUUCUCACUUGCCGUAUAACAAAUACUCCGUCCUUUUGCCAUUGGUGGCUAAAGAAGGAAAACUCCAUUUGUUGUUCACCGUCCGGUCAGAGAAGCUAAGAAGGGCCCCUGGAGAAGUUUGCUUCCCUGGAGGUAAGCGUGACCCUACAGACAUGGAUGAUGCAGCCACAGCUCUCCGGGAAGCCCAGGAGGAAGUGGGUCUCCAUCCUCAUCAAGUGGAAGUUGUCUGCUGCCUGGUGCCAUGUCUUAUUGAUACAGAUACGUUGAUAACUCCAUUUGUGGGUUUAAUAGACCACAACUUCCAGGCCCAGCCAAAUCCUGCUGAAGUUAAGGAUGUAUUCCUGGUGCCUCUGGCCUAUUUCCUGCAUCCACAGGUCCAUGACCAGCAUUACAUCACACGUCUUGGUCACCGUUUUAUUAAUCAUGUCUUUGAGUACACAAACCCUGAAGAUGGUGUCACUUACCAGAUCAAGGGAAUGACGGCAAACCUUGCAGUGUUGGUGGCCUUUAUCAUUUUGGAAAAAAAACCCACCUUUGAGGUUCAAUUUAAUCUUAAUGAUGUAUUAUCAUCCUCUGAAGAGUUUUUCCUGAAGGUUCAUAAAAAAGCUACAAGCAGGUUAUGAUUUACGAGAGCAAGAGACAAAGAACUCUUCACGAGGAUUCUGUGUGUGCUUAUUCAUAGAACAACAACAAUGCCAGCUGUUGGAAUUUGACAGGUGUGAACAUUUUUUCUGCAGUAUGUAGUUAGAAUCCUUGCCUCUUUUCCAGUUGCCUUCUAUUGUCUGAAAAAGUAAAAGCCAUUCAAAAAUGAAAACUAUGUUCAUAGUGUUGCAUAUUUUCACCCACAAUAUGUUAAUAAUAUUUUUCUUACACAUAUAAGAAAGAAUAUCUGGCACAUAGUAGGCCCUUAAUAAAGAUUUUUUGAAUAUAUAACCAUGUGGCAUUUACCUUAUUUGCAGAAGGCAAUAUAUAUACACAUAUAUAAUAUACACACACAUAUAUACACAUACACACAUAUAUUUAUAAUAUAUAUAUAUAAUUUUUUUUUUUUGGAGAGAGACUCUUGCUCUGUCACCCAGGCUGGAGUGCAGUGGCACAAUCUUGGCUCAGCUCACUGCAACCUCCACCUCCUGGGUUCAAGCGAUUCUCCUGCCUCAGCCUCCCAAGUAACUGGUAUUACAGGCGCCUGCCACUAAACCUGGCUAAUUUUUGUAUUUUUAGUAGAGAUGGGUUUUUGCCAUGUUGGCCAGGCUGGUCUCGAACUCCUGACCUCAGGUGAUCCACUCGCCUUGGACUCCCAAAGUUCUGGGAUUACAGGCAUGAGCCACCACACCCAGCUGGCAAUAUAUAUAUUUUUAAUCUGUUGUUACAUGUAACAGAAACUUCUGGUCAUCCAUCAGAAUCUAUCUUCCCUGUCUUCUAUGGCAGUAGAGUUUAAGCUGGGUCCACAGCACUCCAGGUAUAAACAGCAUUACUCUGGAUCCCUUGCCAUUCAAGUUGACUCUGGGACUUACUUUAGGCCAAUGGGUUAUGGGUGAAAGUUGACUUUCCAGGUCAUCUCCAAUUUAAGACAUAAGCCAGUCUCCUUGAGUCCCUUUGGUUCUUUUUUUCCAUGAGCUGCAACAUGGACUUGUCUGCAACCCAGCCUUGGCCAUACAAAUGAGGACAUUCCCUGGGGGAAUGGCAGAACCGAGAGAUGUCAGAGCUUGAAUCGAUGAAUGACUCUGUGGAGCAAAGUAACCUUCCAACCUGGGCUCUUCACUUGGUACUGUCACAUCAGAAAAGAAUAAAA